ACUUUUGGGAGUUCGCUUAAUCGAACUCAAAAAAGUGCGAAAUCGCGAACUCGAAAAAUGGUAAAAAUCACCAAAAAACGAGUUCAGUUAAGCGAACUCUCAAAAGUGUGAUUUUGGACUUAGCGAUUUUUUUUAAUUCGCUUGAAACAUUUCCUAAAUAAAUGUUAGUUGUUUUUUGCGCUCCGGAGUUUCGGGUUGGAUUUCUGAACCAUAGAACCAAGUGGCCAGUGUGGAAGCGGAAUGAAAGGGAUCCGGAAAUAUGGGCCAGCGGUUGCAAGACUUUAUCGGGAAGCUAAUCUGGCGGUCCGUUUCGAGGACUAUAGGAUGCUGCGGGAAAUGAUCUGGUUGAGAAAGCGAUGUUCUCCAAGACAACCGGUUGACUCAUCGCAAUACUACCAGCAGGGACCAGCGUACCAAAAUUCACCAGAGCUUUUGAACGAACCCGUUCAUGUCCCGACAGCAAGUCAUGGUUGUCAAGAAAAGAACACCAACAAUGACCAACAAGGCCAGAACCGGGCCGGAAUGCUGCCGACGAGUUUUAAGUACCUUCGGCGUGUGGUGAAUCAGUCCGACUCGACGUUGUCCAUCAGACAACCAACUUAUACGAAACGACGAAAUCCAGCAAGAACCGAGCUGCAGGCAAAUUUGGCACGAACGGUCAUCCUACUCGUUAGAAACGGGUUCUAUCAUUGUCACCGAUCUCGGCAGACGGCGGCGGCAACGAUCAACUCCUCCCAGGGCUUCCCGGCGGCCGGCGACCAACGACACGCUUAUGUGCAAGUUGCAGCUCUACGACGACGACGAGGCCAGCACGUAGUCGCUGCACAAGUUUUCCGAGACGUAGGCCUGCCUGACCGGAUCGAUGACAACACGACGCUGGAGAAAAGUGAACAACGUCAUGGCCGCAGGAGCCCUGUGUAACUUUUGGUCCUGGAACGAAAUCCUUGAAUUCGAUAUCGCUGCACCACCCAACGCGAAGCAGCCUGCCGGAACCAGGAGAGAUCGUGACCAUUUUCCCCAAGGAACCAACAUUGAAUACCAUGACAAACUUUCUUGCACGAAGCUUUAUUUUAUAAAAUAUGGUCCUGUCAUUAUAUUUUUGUAAUUAUUAUCAAAUAAUUCAAUAAAAAUGCCGUUUAGUUGUUUAUCAAUUAUUCA